CUUUCUGGGUGUUUCUUCUUCGGUCACAUGACCCAGAUGUUCCGUCUCUGCCUCGUCCACCGCCGCCGCGCACAAACUCCUGAAUCCCGCAGAGAUAAGUCACCUCCCGCGGCUGUAGCCUCACACCCGGAGGUUCAGACGAGUGUCCGGGGACGUUAGCGGGGGCUCCAGACACCGACAGCGGCUCUUCGUCGUCUCAACGAACCGCGGACUUUUGUUUUUCUCCCCUCCCCGCGGUUGUUGUCACGCUAACGUUAGCUUAGCCAGCUAGCAUAACACCCAGUCACCUAGCUAACCCGCAGCAGCGUCCUGCUCCGGCGACCGAGCGCCUGACCAGCCGGUGAAGAGGGCGAAGCAGCCGGAGAACCAUGACGCAGACCGGUGUCCAGUCCUGGAGCGUGGGAGUCACGUUACAGUUGAUUUUAGCUGUCGCUCUGCACCAGGGAUUUGCUACCGUUGCUCCGCCUACGGUCGCCCCGACCACCGCUGCACCGCACAAAGACCCCAGCAGCCCUGAAAGAGGAAACUACGUGGUGAACAACAAUGGCACCGCCUGUUUGCUGGCAUCCAUGGGCCUCCAGCUCAACAUCAGCUUCACCUCUUUGUCCCAGAAUAAGACCGUGCAGGAUGUUGAGAACAUUCAGCCCAACGUGACAAAGAGCUCUGGGUCAUGUGAGUCGGACAGCGCCACCCUGAGGCUCACAACAGAUGCACCGAAAACCAACCUCACCUUUUACUUCUCCCUGAACACAACAUCCAACAAGUACCACUUGAGUGAAGUGUCUCUGUCCGCAGCCUGGCCCGACAUGAACGGCACCGUCUCAGUGGGCAACAACAGUCUGGACUACCUGCGAGGAACCCGUGGCUACUCGUACAUGUGCCGAGAGAAGCAAACCCUGAACGUGGUCCAGGCUUUGUCCAUCAACAUUGUCCAGGUGCAGGUGCAGCCAUUCGGUGUGACUGGAAGUCAGUUUGGAGCCGCUGAGGAAUGUCAGUUGGAUGAAGACGACAUGUUGAUCCCCAUCAUAGUUGGAGCAGCUUUAGCGGGUCUUGUCGUCAUCGUGCUCCUGGCUUACCUCAUCGGCAGGAAGAGGAGCCACGCCGGCUACCAAACCAUCUGAGGUGGCUCGUCACUCUCACGUCCCCUCCCCCCGGGGCCCGGAGAGUGAUAAUCCCCACCCGUGAUAUUAACCACUGUUUUAUGAGACUUAACACUCCACAUUGUGCCCCUCUGUCCCUGCACCCUUCAUCUCUGUGUGUGCUGUUCUUUGCCCUUAUCAGUAACACUAGCUGUCAUCACUUUGAGAUUGAUAUGUGCUUUUUGAACUGACCCACUCUUACAUUAAAAAGGGACGUUGUUUGGAGACUGUAGUGCAGUGAGGGAGAAGCCGAGGAUGUUGAUCAGAGGGUCCACGAGAGUCCUCAACUUGUGUCGUGCUAUUUAUGAUUUCUAUGAAAGGAAACUUUGGGGGAUUUGAGGGAAUCGCUGCUGUAGCUUUUCUUAUCCAUUUCUGGGUGACCGUGUUUAAUGGUCUCACCCAAACAAGGUGUGUCAUUAUAAAGGGAAUGUUUCUGGCUUGAUCCACUUCAGACAGCAAAGAUCUGACAUUUUUUAUUGAAACUCUACAUUUAGUUUGCAGAUUUUAGGGAACACACUAAAAACAAGGAAACCUAAUGAGAAGUGUGUGUGAGGAGAUUCCUGGGUGGCUGCGUUAUAUUUAGGAAUUCAUUUUGUCCACUGGGAUUAGUGAUGAAACGCACGUCUUUCCUUCUUAUAGGUACUCAACACAUUUUGUAUGAUGAAGCAGCUGCAGGCUUUGUAGGGUUGAAGGCAUUUUAAGCUUUUUUUUUUUUCAUUUCUCAUGAAGGAGUAUUUUGGCAUUUGUGGGAAAUGGGAUCAUUUGCUUACUUGUGAGGAUUUAGAUGAAAAGACUUAUAACCCUCUUAUAUUCACUAAAUCUCAAGCUACAGCAAGGAGAAGGUUUGCUUAGUUUAGCAUUAAGACUUGAAACAGGGAAAAUCGACAAGUUGUGGUUGUCUAUUCCAGCUAAAACUAUCUCUUGGUUGGGAGCUGUGUCUUUUGACGUAGGCACUAGAAAGUGAACAUAUCGGGCUUAUAGCUUCCUGCAAAACUACCAGCUUUACACUUGUACAAAUGUAACAAGACGCAGUGGGACACUGGUGUCAAAGUUUUGGACCCCACUGUACAACAUUCAACUCAUCAGGGGCUGGUAGGACGGUAUGGUUUCUUUCUUCCUUGCUUCCAGGCUCUAAGCUAAACUGACCAUCUUCAUGCUGCAGCUUCAUAUUUAUUGCGCACACAUGAAUAUUUCGUAUUUCCCAAAGUUACGAUCGUCUAUAUUUUGGAGUCCUCAGAGACAAAAUGGACCCGCCAUGAUUUGCUGAAACAAUCUAAGAAGAACUGACGGCUUAGUGCAUGAAAAAGCUCAGGACAUAAAUGCAAGGACGUAAUAAUGUUGCUUGGUUAAAAUCCACUGGAUGGUUUUGUUUGCUUAAAUUGGAUUUGGGCCGACUUGGGACUUUGGUGGCUGAAUGGAUAGAAGUUGCACUAAAGUCCCGACACUCGGCCCCAUGUAACGGGUCAAACGGCCAAAAUGCUCUGGUCAGUGUUCAUCAGUGCCUUCCCUGCUGUAACAGGGGCGGGAUUAAUGCAAAGCCAAUAUUCACAGAGGUACUUGCUCACUCAUCGACGAUGCGCUGCCAUGUCUGGGACAUUUUCUUUGUGUCUCACAUCGCCAUGUACUGUUACUAGCAUUAAUAUGCAUUGUUUGAUGUAAAAUGAGAAAUUUCCAUUUUUUGUUCUGUUUUUUUAUGUUGUUUCUUCUCUCCCUCAUCUAAAUAUCCUUGUAGUGACUUGAUAUGGUUUUAAUGGAUUCGUUUGAGCCGUUUUCUAAAGGAAAGGUCAAUAAAAGUGAACAAACAUGACA